AUGCAGAGAAGAUCUUCUUCUGCGGUAAGGGUUUCCAUUGCUCGGUCUCAGGAAGCAGCGGCUUCAUUAGGUACUACUGCUCCUGCAGGUGGAACUACUCUUGCAUCAUUUCUCUCUGCAUCCCCAAACCAUAAACCCCAUUUGGCUUUUUAUUCUGCUAUUAGUAGUAAAUUUAAGAGUUCUUCUGAAAAAGCUCUGAAAUUUCAACCUGAAUUAAGGAAUGAUAUUAAUAAUGUCAACAGUCUUGAUGAUGCUUUGAGCUUGUUCGAGCGGAUGGUCCGGGUGAGGCCUCUGCCUUCUGUUAUUCAAUUCAAUCAACUGCUGACUUGUAUUGUUAAGAUGAAGAAUCAUUAUUCUUCAGUUGUUUCCCUUUUUAGAGAUAUGUGUGUCCAGGGCAUUCCUGUUGAUGAGCGCACCCUCAAUGUAGUGAUUAAUUGUUACUGCGUUGUGGGCCGAGUGGAUUUAGCUUUUUCUACAUUGGCUGGCUUCUUCAAACGUGGUUUUGUUCCCAAUGUAGUCACCUUUGGCACUUUGCUUAAGGGACUUUUUCGAGAACAAAAGGUUCCUCAGGCACAAGAAUUGUUCAAAAAGAUGAUCAAGGAAAAACUUUGUAAACCCAAUGAAACUAUGUUGGCCAUUGUGAUAGAUGGGCUCUGUAAGGCAGGAAACACUCAAAUAGCCAUUGAAUUCCUCAGAGCAAUGGAAAAACGAGGAAGUCCUUGUAAACCGACUGCAAUUAUUUAUAAUACCGUCAUUGAUAGCUUGUGCAAGCAUAAAAUGGUUGAUGAAGCUCUUGCCCUCUUACAGGAGAUGAUUGAAAAGGACAUUCCCCCGAAUGUUGUCACUUACAGUUGUUUGAUUCAAGGUUUCUGCAGUUUAAGUAAAUGGAAGGAUGUUGACAAGCUCUCUGCGGAGAUGAAGGUUUGUAAAAUUGUUCCAAAUGUUAUUACUUUCAAUAUAGUGGUGGAUGCACUAUGUAAGGAAGGGCAUAUAGAAGAUGCUGAAGAGGUAGUCCAGAUCAUGAUCCAGCAAGAUCAAAAUCCCGACCUGGUCACAUACAGUUCCUUAAUGGAUGGGUACUGUUUACAGAGUCGAAUAGAUGACGCAAGUAGAGUUUUCAAUACCAUGGUUGCUAGUGGCCUUACACCCGAUCUCCAUUGCUAUGGUAUUCUGAUAAAUGCCUAUUACAAGACCAAGAAAGUGAAUGCAGCCAUGAAGCUCUUUCGAGAGAUUCCACAUAAAGGUUUAACACCUAAUAUUGUUAUUUAUAACACUGUGUUGCACGGGUUAUUUAGUUCAGGAAGGUAUCUUAGUGCACGAGAAAUUUUCAAGGAGAUGCAAGCUUCUGGCAUGAAGCCUGAUUUUCACACUUACUGUGUGGUACUGGAUGGAUUAUGCAAGACUGGACAUGUCGAUGAAGCAUUGGAGUUAUUUCAUGCAACUGAAGCCAAUGGAACAGAUCUUUACAUUGAAAUGUACAAUAUCAUGCUUGAUGGGUUGUGUAAAUGCAGGAGGCUCGAUAGUGCCGGAGAUCUUUUCAAAAAUCUCUCCCUUAAAGGAUUGGACCCUGAUGUCAUAACAUACAACACCAUGAUUGCUGGCCUGCUUUCAGAAGGUCUGCUCAUCGAAGGCAAAGAGCUCGUUGGAAGAAUGGAAGAGAAGGGUUGCUUGGCAAAUAGUGUUACAUACAAUGUCAUUCUGCAAGGACUCCUUAAGGGAGGUCAUUAUGAGGACGCAUUGGUGUAUCAUGAAGAAAUGGUUCGCAGAAGAUUAUCAUUGGAUUCAGCUACUUUUUCCAUUUUGCUUGGUUUAGCUACUGAAAAACAGAAGAAUCCUUCUCUACUUAUGUUGAUGCUGAAGAUUGAUCCUGAUAGCAAGAAGUUUAUGGAUGGGAGAUAAAGAGGACCUUCACAUUAUUUGCAACUUUUGGCGCUGCAGUUUUUGGCACCUAGACUUUUGUCUGCUGGAACUAAAACUAUUUGAGUUCACUUUUGAACUGGGUAUUGGGGGAACUCCGUUGGUCAUAUUUUUGCGAAUCCCUCAAAGAUCUUUGGUCCUGGCGGAGGAAGCCACGGUCCAUAUGGAAGUUUGAUUGAUAAUUGUAGCAGUUCAUAGAAAUUCUCUGCUGUUAAUUGGAUUUCUAUCACUUCUUCUGAAAGACUUGUUGUUUAUCCUUUUGUGGAGAACCUCAAUAUGGCAUAUCACUUAAGAAGUAAAUUGUGAAGGCUCUUUUUCUUUAUUUUUCAUGGUUUUAGUACUUUAGCUUGCAUGUAAUGUUUGUUUAUUGGAAUUAGGAAAUGAAACUAGAUCCGGAAAUAUAGUUUGUGAUUUUGAAUUUAUUGAAAAGUUUCAGCAUUUGUAUAAAUUGGAGAAUUUUCUUGUAAGUAGGAUAAAAUUGUUACUUUCAUUUCAAAUCCUAGAUGGAGCCUAGCAGCCAAUUUAGAAGUGUAAAAACGUUUUAGACCAUUGUCCUGCUUUGGAUUUAAAUUUUGAGGUCCCAUGGAUAGUCAUGGUUAUAUAUGAAUACAUGUUAUAAUUGUUUAUAUAUGUGCAAUCAGUUGUUCAGUCAAUCUUUAGCUUGGAGGGAGUUAGAAAAGGGUGACGA